UACUGAUAUAUAGGUCUCACCAAGUCCUAAUUUGCUGGAUGGUAUACUCCUCGAUACCAAUACAUUUACAUUGAUAUUUGUUCCGUUCAUCUCCAAUAGCGCCUCGCCAAGUUCACGCACAGGCAACCUCGAACUUUGUGCCAUGCAGACUCCCCCUCCCAGUCCGGAUUCGUUCCUGGUCAUGAGUCCACCGGCCGACCAGCGGCUGAUCGUGGUCUCAAACAGGCUACCUGUCACCAUCGAGAGAGACAGUGAUGGCAAAUAUGGUUUCAAGGAAUCUAGCGGAGGACUCGCUACAGGUAUGAGUGGAGUCAAACGUGAGUCCGAAAUGGUCUGGUACGGCUGGCCUGGGAUGGAAAUUCCUUCGGACGAGGAACCCAAUAUCACCCGGGCCCUACGCGAGGAACAUAACGCUGUACCUAUUCUCGUGGAUGACGACCUAGCUGAAUCCUAUUACAACGGGUUUUCAAACUCCACCCUAUGGCCAUUACUCCAUUACCAAUCCAACGCCAUUAAGUUCCGUCAAGACGAAUGGAAGGCCUACCAGCAGGUCAAUCAACGGUUUGCAGAGAAGCUGGCGACCGAUAUCCAGGACGGUGACUUUGUUUGGAUCCACGACUAUCAUCUCAUGCUCUUGCCUCGAAUGCUUUCCGAAGCAGCCAUGAAGCAGAGCAAAAGAAUCACGAUUGGCUUCUUCCUGCACACACCAUUCCCCAGUGGAGACAUGUUCAAAGUGCUCCCUGUUUGGGAUCAGAUCCUGGAAGGUCUCGUACGUUGCAAGACUAUCGGCUUCCACACACAGACCUACGCCCAGAACUUCGCUCGCACUUGUUGCGAUUACCUGAACUACGAACAGUGUCCCACCGGCAUAGAAAGAUACGGGAAUGUCAUCAACCUCGGUAUCUACCCAAUCGGGAUAGACGUGCCCAAAUUUAUCGACCAUAUGGAGAACAAGUCGAGACAAGAGCAGGUUAGAGACAUGCGGAGAAGCUACAAUGUCUGUAAAUUGAUCAUUGGGGUCGAUCGCCUCGACUACACGAAAGGCAUACCUCAAAAGAUCACGGCAAUGGAGCAUUUCUUGGACACCAAUCCCCAUCUCGUCGGGCAAGUCAGUAUGAUCCAGGUCGCUGUCCCCAGCAGGCAAAGUGUCCAAGACUACAAGGACCUUGCGACAGAUCUCCACCUUCAGGUCGAAGCCUUGAACAGGAAAUACGGGUCCAACGACUACAAGCCUGUCCAUCUUCUCCACCAGAGCGUACCGUUCGACCAGCUAAUCACCAUGUACGCUGCGUCAGAUAUCUGCUUUGUAUCCUCGAUUCGUGACGGCAUGAACCUCGUCUCGUACGAGUACGUCGCCACCCAACGUGAGCGCAAGGGCGUUCUCCUCCUUUCCGAGUUCGCCGGUGCAGCCGAGCAAUUGACGGGAAGCGUCCUGUUCAACCCCUGGGACACAGACGGCACAGUGGAGGCCUUGCGUCGCGCCGUCACUAUGGGCGCAAGCGAGCGCAGCGCCAACCAGAAGAAGUCUGAGGACUAUGUCCUUCGGAACUCGAGUUCAGCGUGGGGCAAAUCCUUCGUGUCGGACCUCAAGUCGAUGAGCGGCAAGUCUGUGAAAAACGGUCCCAACGUUCGAGACUUUGGUGUGGAAGGCGAUAUGAAGAAGGGCAGAGUCCCCAAAUCCAAUCGACCUCCCAUUUUCAGCACACUUACCAUUUGAACACCCUUGGCACGUCGCUCGCUAUAUUCUAGAAUAGUUUAGACGCAUGCAGAGGGCGCAACGGAAUACUACACACUAAUAAACACACUACAUAUCACGGUCAUGAUCAUCUUACCCCAGUCUGAUGUA